GUAAUUACAGUGGCACAUUUGCUGAGUACUGCAACAUCUUCGAACGAUUUAAUAUCUCAGACCUCACUGUCAUGAACAACCUGUUGAUUGACCUGACCCAAGAGGUCUGCAUCCAGUCGGUCUACACAGGGAGCUCAGUGAGCGGCUACGUCCUACUGAGCAUCUCCUUGAUCUGUUGGUGGUUUGGCCUGGUGCUUUGCACCUUCUACAUCUGGUUCUUCAGCAUACAUCGCAUCGAGAGGACCAAGGACAUGUUUGUGCGAAACUUAUAUGAAGCAGCUUUCAUUGACCAGUCCAUGCUACUCAACACUAGGUUUGAGGUCCUGCACAACACAGGCCAUCACAGUAACUGUCAUUGUUCUUCCAUCAGCAGGGAGAUGGAGCUGAUGCACAUUAACCUCUGUGCUACCAUGUGGCAUGAGACCUAUGAUGAAAUGAUAAAGAUGAUCAUCUCAAUGUUCAGGCUUGACAAGUUCCGACCAAAGAAAUGCCAAUUCAAUGAUGUCACGUUUGAGUCUCACAUUUACUUCGAUGAUGCAUUCCUAAAAAAAGACAAUGAGCGGCACGUUAAUGAAUAUGCAGAGACCCUGGUUGAAGUUAUCAGAGAGAUUUACAUUUUAUUUACCAACGAAGGCGGAAGCAUGUUUGAGAAAAAGAAGCAACUCCCUGACCAGAAAAUCAUCAAGACGCCGUAUGGCUGUCGCCUGCAGUACACCCUUCCCCAAGGCAACACACUGUUCAUCCAUUUCAAGGACAAAAAAUGUAUCCGCCACAAAAAGAGAUGGUCUCAGAUUAUGUACCUAUAUUAUCUUCUAGGCUGGAAACUAAACACAAAGUACUAUAAAUUGUAUAAAGAUGAUGAUGAACCCUUACGAACCAUUGAUGAAAACCUGAAGGUAAUUGAAAAUUAUCCUUUUAAUAGGGAACUAUGGUUCCAAACACAUUGAGUUAUAUAUUCCACAAGUUUGACAGAAUUUCAUCUUUUUCAGAAAGAAAAAGAAAACACCUACAUUCUGGCACUAGAUGGCGACACCGAUUUCCAGCCGUCGGCGGUCAUGCUUUUAGUGGAUCGGCUGCGGAUGUACCCAGAGGUGGGUGCUGCAUGUGGCAGGAUUCACCCCACUGGCACGGGGCCGAUGGUGUGGUACCAGAAGUUUGAGUACGCUGUGGGCCACUGGCUGCAGAAGACGGCAGAGCAUGUGUUUGGGUGUGUGCUCUGCAGCCCAGGCUGCUUCAGCCUGUUCCGUGCGGCUGCACUCAUGGACGACAAUGUCAUGAAGAGAUACACUACCAAGCCGUCCGAGGCCAUCCACUACGUCCAGUACGACCAGGGUGAAGACCGCUGGUUGUGCACACUGCUCCUGCAGCAGGGCUGGAGGGUGGAGUACAGCGCCGCCUCUGACUCUUAUACCAACGCUCCACAAGAGUUCAAGGAGUUCUACAACCAGAGACGGCGCUGGGGCCCCUCCACCAUGGCCAACACACUGGACCUGCUGUCCAGCGGCACUCUGACUGCACAGCGGAACAAGUCAAUUUCCAGGCUCUACAUCUUGUUCCAGAUUGGCGCCAUGGCCUCAUCACUCCUGGGCCCAGCUACCGUCUGUCUCAUGAUCGCAGGAUGUUUCUCAUUCAUAUUCAAGAUUAAUCCCAACUUGGCUCUUGUGUUGGCGAUUGUCCCCCCUGCUGUCUACAUGAGCCUCUGCUUCUACCUUGGGCAGGGCAAGUCAGACCUGCAAAUCUCCAUUGCUGCCUUCAUGAGCAUAUUUUAUGCUUUCCUGAUGACUGCGAGUAUAUUGUCCAUUAUAGGGGACAUGGUGAUGGAAGGGACGUUCCUGACCCCCACUGGCGUAUUCUUUGUUGGCAUCUCAGCCAUGUACGUCAUCACCGCCAUCCUCCAUCCGAACGAGUUCCAUCUCAUCAUUUACGGCCUGCUCUACAUUAUUAGUAUUCCCAGUGGUUACCUCCUGCUUUCCAUCUAUUCCAUGGUUAACAUGAACAAUGUGUCCUGGGGCACCCGGGAGUCAGGCAGCCAGGGUAACUCAGCUAACACACACCAGAAGAACGUAAAGUGCCAGAAGCUGCUCAGUGUCUGUGGCUACAACCUGGAGAUCCAGCUCAGCCAAGAUGUGAAGGUGAGGUCUACCACACCUCUGACCCCAGCCCAGGAAGAUGCCCCCAGGAAGGAUGAAGCACAAGCUGCAGCAUCCAAAGGCGAAGAAAGACAUCCAUCUUCCACUGAGGACCGUUUCAUUCAGCAGUUGAAAGACUGCUCUGCUGAACUCACCCUUAAGGAAGACUUUCUUAAUGAGGAUGAGGAGCAGUUCUGGAAGGACCUGAUUGAACGCUACCUGAAACCUCUAGAGGCCGACAAAGCAAAAGAAGAAAGAAUAAAAACUGAACUGAAAUCUCUGCGUAAUAAGGCAACAUUUGUGUUCUUCAUUGCUAACUGCUUGUGGCUUGUUGCUACGUUCUUUCUGCAAGCCAUUGGCGGUACAUUGAGCAUCAGAGUGCCAAAACUUAGCAGCAAUGGCUCCGAAACCCUUAAUGGAAACCUCUACAUCGACCCAAUCGGACUCAUGUUCCUCAUAGGCUUCGCAGCCAUUCUGGUUAUCCAGUUUUGUGCUAUGCUGUGGCACAGAAUCCAGACUUUGAUACACUUCAUUGCUUAUAGUGGAACAGAGGCUGUCAUUAGUAGGAAAAUGGGAAAGUCACAAAUGUUUCACGAAAUGAUCUCUGACGAAAACCAAUACGAUAUGGAUGAGCUGAGGAAUCGGGGCCAAAAACGGGAGGGAAGACAUAGGGACACAUGGGAUCCCUUUCAGCUGAAUCCCGUUGGAGCAGAGAAAGAGAAGACGAGAACAUGUUUCGAGAUAAUGCAACACAUCAUGGCGGUCGUGGUGGGGCUGCUGGUAUUGACCAGUGCAGUCAUCAGCAAGGGUUCCCUGCUAGCUCUAAUUACACUUUGCAGCCCAAAAUCCCUGAGGAGCCCCACAGAUCGGCAGUUCUACACACUUUUGCUGAUGUGUGCUCUGGUAACACCUAACCUACUGGUGUUCCUCAAGUGUCUGUGGAAAUGUGCCUUCAAAAGUUAUGUUAGACCCAACAUGAAGACCAUGGGCAUUAUGUCAACAAUUGAGGUCCUGGUGGCAUUGGGUACAUCAGUGCUGGUUCUGAUCGUGAUGCCCCAGUUCGAUGUGUUCACCAACCUCUUCAUAGCUGGAGGAGUCUGCAUUGUCACCUCUAUCCUACAGAUCAUCUUCAGGCUUCAGCACAAGCGUUGGAUGAUCAUCUUUCCCAUUUGCUCCCUGACUCUGGUGCUCACUGGCUACAGCCUCCUGGCCUCUGACUACUACGUGCGCAUAUCGUCUUAUGUCUCUGACCAAAAUGAAAACAGUUACAUGUAUGUGGGUGUUGCUGUACUCACUUCCCUUCUCAUCUCCCUCAAUUGGUGGGAGAACUGUCUGCAGGCCAGCAACAGAAUUCAGGACAUGCUGAGUGAACUGGAUGGCUUUCGAGACUUCGCCUUUAUGAUUACCAGCCUCAUGAGGAUUGCUGUCACAGUCAGUGUAUACUUUCUCUAUUAUGGCCUAAGUGGCAGUUUUAAAUGGGCCGCCUUCAUGGAGAUCAAAGAGGAUGCCCUUACAAUAGGCCUCGGGGUGUUUUUCCUGCAAGCCUUUUGCUCAGCCGCCUGCCACUGGUUCGGGGUCGUGGCCUGCAAGAUCCAUGCAGUACGGAUGAGCUUCGCCUUGCCUGUCACGUGCACAGGUCCGGCCACUCUCUUUUUAGGUAUACUGCUCUUCGUCACCCAAGCAGGCAAUCUAGACAUGACAUCAGCCACCACCUACCAGUCCGUCUGGUCAGCCAGCAACUACACUCCUAUUGACAACCCCUUCCUGGACUUCUGCUCUGGUCUCGCCUCACUGAAGGACAGGAACACCACGUCUGUGGUCUUCCUGGAGCUCUCCAACAGCAUCUGCAGGACCUCAUUGAACAGCCACUAUGCCCUCUGGCCCAUCUCCAUGCUCGCCCUCGAGGGCGUGUGCAUGUGGCUUGGCCUCAUCACGUGCACGUACUAUGUGUGGAAUAUGAGAGUGCCACGCAUAGAGCGCACAGCCCAGCUUUUUGUGCGCCGGCUCUAUGAGUCAGCGUUCAUCGACCUGUCACUGCUGCUGAACACCAAAAUGAAAGUUAAGGAUCCAGACAGCUUUGAUGAUGUGGAGAACUGUGUCAUUUAUCUCUGUGCAACAAUGUGGCAUGAAACAUAUGAUGAGAUGCUAAAGAUCCUAACCUCAGUGUUCAGACUGGACAGAUACAGAGGUGAUCCAAAGGAAGAACACAAGGAUUAUUUUGACUUUGAAUGUCAUAUCUAUGUUGAUGAUGCCUUCCAACCAGAUAAGGAAACUGAAAAAAAGUUUGUCAAUUCAUAUGUGAAUGACCUCAUAAAUGUUGUCAUGGAGGGAUACAGAGUAUUCACAAACAAAGAGCCAGAUGGGGUGUCCAUCAUUGAAACCCCAUAUGGUGGACGGCUUGUAUUCGUGCUACCAGAAGGAAACAUGUUGUACAUCCAUUUAAAAGACAAAAAACUAAUCCGAAACAAAAAGAGAUGGUCACAGAUAAUGUACAUGUACUAUCUGCUGGGCUGGAAAGGUUUUAUAGUCAAAAAUCCCCAAAAAAUAACAAGACAAUACAAUCCAUGCCGUGCAAGUCUCGUAUCAUUGGAUGCAGAGACUUUUGUCUUGCCUGCCACUGACAAUGACAGUAAAAGGAAACACAUAUCAGAUGACUUCGUAUAUAUCUUGGCUUUGGAUGGAGAUACAGACUUCCACCCCUCUGCUUUGAUUCUUCUGGUUGACCGCCUUCGAAUGUAUGCUAAUGUGGGUGCUGCUUGUGGAAGAAUCCAUCCUACUGGCAUGGGGCCAAUGGUGUGGUACCAGAAGUUCGAGUACGCCGUGGGCCACUGGCUGCAGAAGACGGCGGAGCAUGUGUUCGGGUGUGUGCUCUGCAGCCCUGGCUGCUUCAGCCUGUUCCGUGGGUCGGCUCUUAUGGACGACAAUGUCCUGAAGCGAUAUACCACCAAGGCCACUAGAGCUUCUGAGUACGUCCAAUAUGACCAAGGUGAAGACCGCUGGCUGUGCACGCUGCUUCUGCAGCAGGGCUGGAGGGUGGAGUACAAUGCUGCAUCUGAUGCCUACACCAAUUCCCCUCAAGAGUUCAAAGAGUUCUACAACCAAAGACGCCGCUGGGGCCCAUCUACCCUUGCCAACACCCUAGACCUUCUACAUAGUGGCAAAGAGACAGUGAAGAGGAACGCCUCAAUAUCCAUGCUCUACAUCUUCUACCAGAUCUUUACUGUGACUUCCUCUAUUCUCGGACCUGCUUCUGUUACCUUGAUGGUAGCGGGGGCUUUCCAGUUUGUAUUUGCUAUCCCUGGUACCCUGUCCAUCAUCAUAGCUGUCAUACCUCCACUUGUUUACAUGAUCAUUUGUUUUCUGGCGAACGCCAACUUCCAGAUCACCAUAGCUUCUAUUUUGAGUGUUAUGUAUGCAUUCCUGAUGACGGCAUCCUUCUUCUCCAUCAUUGGUGACAUGAUAAAGGAAGGGACAUUCAUCACACCUACUGGGAUAUUCCUGGUCUCCAUGACCGUCCUGUAUUUGGUCACAGCAAUACUUCAUCCGCAGGAGUUUGGCAUGAUCAUCUAUGGCCUCAUGUACUUCAUAUGCAUCCCUAGUGGCUACCUCCUUCUCACUAUUUACUCCCUCGUGAACAUGAACAUCGUCUCCUGGGGCACUCGGGAGUCCAACAAGGAAAAGGAGGAGAAGAAGCAUGUGGGAGUUUUGUGCAAUCGCAACUGCAAGCUCUGCUGCUGGGAUGUGAACAUCCAAGUCACCCAAGAAACAGAAAAUUUAGUCCUCCAGCAGAUCCAGCAAGUAGUUAAUCCAAACAGUUCAACUGCCAAAAAUGAGGUUGAAAUGACAGCGCAUGCUAGUCAAGGAAGUCUGAAACCCUCUCAGACUGACAGUCACACUACUGAAAAUAAAAGAGUUGCUCCAGAAAGACUAAAAGAUGGCAAGACACAUCUGGCCAAUUAUGAGGAAAGUGAUACAGAAUCUCAGGACAGUGAGAGUGACAUAAGCACAGAGAGAAGACUUGCCACGUUAGAGAAGGAUGAUGAUGACGAUAACAACAAUUAUGGAUAUAAUGAGGAGGAGGAGGGAAAGAAGAUUGUCCCUGAGAGUGAUUGGGUUGACCCUGUGAAAAAAGAAUUCCUAAAGAAGCUCACCUUUGCAAACCUGAAGAGGAACCUCCAGGAGCAAAUUAGGUACACCCUCAGGAACAAGAACCAGGAAGACGUGUGUGAGGAUCUGGUGCAGAUGCUCACAGACACUCUGAACCAGGAGCUCAAUGACAAAGUAGGCCCAGAGACCGUGUUAUCUGAGAGCCAGCUGGAGGAACUGCAGGAUGUCUUGAAUGAGUCAGCCAGGAGGAUCCUGAAGACAAACCGUGUAAAUAAGUUGGAGCCUAGGGUCAAACGAGCUAUUGAGAGAACCCUGGUGGCCCCCCAGGUUGAAAGACUGACCGAGGAUGAGACUGACUUCUGGAACAAACUAAUAGAGCGCUACCUGAAGCCCAUUGACGACCCCAAAGGUCAUAAAGAAGAAGUAGAAAGGGAGCUGAAAUCCUUACGGAACAAGGCAGUGUUUCUAUAUUUCAUUGUGAAUGUUCUAUGGAUCGUGGCCACAUUUUUCCUUCAAGCCAUCGGCAAUGACGUAAUUAGCAUCAAGAUUCCCAAAUAUUUUCCCAAUGGCACUUUGUCAGAUGAACCUCUGAAAGUAGAACCCCUGAGUUUAAUGUUCCUGCUGUCUUUUGCCAUCCUUCUGGUGAUCCAGUUCCUGGCUAUGCUCUACCACAGAGUGUACACACUCAUUCAUGUAUUGGCCUAUAGAAGCACAGAGAAGGAUUACAAGGGAAGGGAUCCAGAGGACGAUACACUGAUCCUGGAGAAUCACAUUGAAAAUGGUCUCAUCAUAACAGGUGAUGAUUUGUGA